UCUUUUGACAAGCCCUGAUCGGAACAUUUAAUGUUUAUCAACAACUGAGAAAUUCGCAAGUAAGCUUGCCGUUUUUGAGUUUAUUACAUUUAAAGAAUGUUUUAUGCAUGAAAAUCGUAAGAUGAUCGAGUGUUGUGUUGUGAAUUGUUAUGUGAGCAAAAUUCAGGGGCCGGCUAUUCAUUUCUUUGCGAUGCCGCAGGAACCGGAACAGAGAAAAAUUUGGCUACGGAGAGCAGGACUAUACGCGGAAAAUCCGAUGCCUGAAAAUCUGGCCAAACAACGCCUUCAUGUGUGCCAAAACCAUUUCGAUUUAAUCGACUUCAAAAUAGUAACCGUGAAGGCCGGCAAUUAUUCACAACGAUACAUUUCAGGUAAAGAUAUUUUGCCACAUAAGCAUUUGCCGUAUUACUCAGUAUUUUUUUAAUACCGGUGGCGAGAAAAAACUAUGUUUGCCAGUAGUUGAAAUGAAUCCCCUAUCAACAGAAGGAGAAGUGAAAAUAACUCAGGAUACUUCUGAUGAGGACAUUCCUAUUGAGGAUAUUCUAGCCGUAAACUAUGAUGUGGGUGUUACAGAAAACGGUAAUCUGAGAGAUAAGGCAACAUUGACCGACAUCGUUAGUACAGUUUCCGUGGCCGUACAGUGUAGAGCUGUUAUGGUCAGCAAAGAGGUACAAACAAGCAGAGCCCUUAACUUUCAUCAGAAACUUAUGACGUCUCCUAGACAUACGUCUGUAUGUCCACUAGGUCAUACAUGCUCAUCUUUGCUUACAUCAUCUUCCCUAGCGCCAACGUCCGCUAGUAGCGAGUACAUUCCAAACCAUCAAAGUGACCUUGAAUUUGAGGCUGAACUAAAUCGAACUGAGAAUAAAUUUCGAUAUGUUGCUUUUAGCAACAAGUUGAUGAAAAAGCAUCCUAUGCGAUAUCUUGGUGUUCCGGAUGACAGCCUGUAUGUAUUGGACGCGGUGGCUGAGGCCACUAAACUCAGUGAGAGGGACAUUAUGAUUGUUUUACGUAAAAUCAGAAUGAACGAGUCCUUCGAUAUACUAUCCGAUGUAUUCGGAUUGAGUUGUUCCAGAAUUUCUCAAAUUUUUAACAAUUCCGUUCCCAUAAUCGCUGCGGAAAUGAGGGAACUUAUGUUUUGGCCAAUGUCCGAGAAUAUAAAGAAAUUUCUACCAGUUGCAUUUUUACAAAAUUACAGCAACGUAGAGAGCAUUAUUGAUUGCUUCGAAAUACAAGUACAAAAGUCUUCGUAUCCUGUUAUUCAAUCUGUAACCUACUCUCUAUACAAGUCAUGCAAUACUGUGAAAUACUUAGUAUCGUGCACUCCAUGCGGGUUGAUUAACUUCAUUUCAAAAGGAUUCCCUGGGCGUGCGAGUGAUCAAAAGAUUGUAAACAAAUCGGGAUAUUUGAACCGCAUCCGACCUGGAAUGGGCGUGCUGGCUGAUAGAGGUUUCAAGAACGUGGCAUCAGAUGUUGCUAAGAAAGGUGGUAUAUUGAUUAGACCCCCAAGCGUCUCCAACGAAGCGUCUCUUUCUAAAGAGGAUGCUAUUCAUGCGAAAGAAAUUGCGAGUGUUCGUAUUCACGUGGAACGGCUAAUUAGACGGUAUAGAGAAUAUAGCAUGGCUGCCUCGCAUGCUGAACUGCCUAUUCUGUUCUUCGAUAAAUUGGACGAUAUCAUCGAUAUCAUCACAGGAGCAGUGAAUCUGCAAAGUAAAUUAAUCAAAUAAUCUAAGUUUUGAGAACUUGCACCAGAUUUGUGAUUUAUAUACUUAACCCAUUAUGGACCGGGUGUUCGGUUUUCCGAACAGUACUUUAGAAAUUUUUAACGAAUAACUGAGAUAAGAUAAAAACAUUCCGUCUUCUGUAUAUGAUAGCUGGAAAUGUUGGCAACGAAAAAUGUACUAGACACCCCUCCCCAACCAUCCCGUAGGGUGGCUAGCGUUUUGCGCAGAUGUGUUCAAAAACACAAUUUUUCAUUAUAAUUUUUAAAACUGAAAAAAAGUAAUUGAAGCUAUUGAUAUGGAUAUAUUCUAGUUACUAAUGGACGACUUUUAUUUUGUACCAUUUAUCAAUACUCUACGAGCAUAACAACGCGCGUGCCCCUUGAUCGAAAAUGACUGUUCGUUUUUCCGAACAGUGGUCCUACAGGUGUUCACUUUGUUUACGCACUGUCAAACGCAGUUAGUUGAAUGGCUGGAUUGGUUAUGAAUGUUUAUUUUAUAGUGCGUCAAUUUUUAUUGUUUCAUGUGGAUUGAAUCUAUAUUGAAGCUAUCAAAUCAAGAUGAAUCGACGCCGCGCAUUGACGAUGCAUGAAGUUUUUGCUGUACUGGAGAAAGAGAGUGAUGAUGAAGAAACUUCAGCUAUUCAACGGGCAUCUGAAGUAAAUGUGGUAUAUAUUCCCCCUCCUGUUGAUUUUAAGUAUUAGACAACACUUUCCAGCUAGAGCUCACAAACCCACAAUAUUCAUCUGUAAAAAAUGUAAUGUUCAUGUACAUUUCAAAUGUUUUGAAGCUCUUGAACCACAUGAAUAAUAAAUUUCAAUGAAAUCAUA